ACAAUUUCAACACUUUCCUCGUCCAUUUGUGGCGUCUGCUGCGCUCAGUGUGACGUUUUGUGUGUUCAGCUUCUUUCUUCCAGCAUUUCAACUUAAUAUCGGCGCACUGUUUUCAAAGAAAUAGCAGAAAAUAUCUUUUAUUUUGAAAGUCUGAACAUUAUCGAGGACUAGCAGCGUAUUACUUUUACUUUGAAGGGACGCUUGUCUGCGUUUGACCCCCACCCCCGCCCAGAAACUCAGCCCGGAUGUCCUGUCGCAUGCGUGUGUGCCACUGAUCUGUAUAGUAUAUCUGGAUAGCUCAUUGGCGAUGACUUGUGAAGCCACACGGCCGCCAUAUUGCUACUCGCAAGAAACACUUCUCGACAAGCUUUUGCAUUCGUGGUGAACUUAUUUUGUUAAUUUGGAUUGGACACAAAUUUCGACUUAAGAUGCCUGCAUGUGCAGCUAUUAACUGCACAAAUCGCCAGUUCAAAUGCUGUGGACGAACAUUUCACCUGUAAGUAUGAUUGAAAUGUAGAUUUAUGAUUGAUCAUUUAAGGGAUAUUUUCGAUCGUGUAAAAUUCCUCUGAUUAAAUAUACGUCCAGAAUUGAUAGGUUUAUAUAGCUCUAUAAUAGCUAAGAGGAAAUGUACGUACUUUUUUGUUAUAUCAUGAUAUUUGUAUUUCUUUAAGGGACGAAGGUUGCGUUACUUGAAGGAAAGGGAGAAUCUCAGUGCUUCCAUGAUGCUUACCAGGCAUUGUAUACAGUGCAGUUAGCAAGCCAGUUUGCAUACAAUUGACCCGGCAUGACCCUUCAUUUGGAUAAACAACCUUUUUUUUUUUGCUGCUGAAUGACUGACGUAAAAGGAUUUAUUCAUAUGAUAUGUUCUGGAAAAUAAUAUUGCUGAACAUGCAUACCGGUACGUUUGAGAUUGCAAACAACGUAUUGUCUAUGGUUUUGUUUCAGUGUUGUUUUUUUCUGUGUGGGUGUAUGUGUUUAUGGUUAUUACACCUUAUGGUUAUCACGUAUUGUUCCUGUGGUUUUUGUUCAAAUAUAUUUCUAUAUCAGAAAAGAGGUUAUUUCUAUUUCAUAACACAAACAAAACAAAAAAAAAUCAGCAAAAUGUUAAAUGAUUUUAAAACUUGUCCAAAGUCACUAUAUUUUGUACAGAAGAGAGCAUAGUGAAUUGUAUGAAAGUAAGAAUAAAAAGUAAAGGAUCAUGACCAUGGAUUUUAGUGGAAAAAAGGGAUGGGAUAUGCAGUUCAAAUGAAAAUCUCUUUCUAGAGGAGUAAAACUAUCAUUGCUAUAGGGGAGUGCUGAGCCAGGGUGCACAGUAGAAUUUUGUCCCAAAGGCAAUGAGAAUUGGAAGGGGAAAAGUACAUUUAAUAUAGCCAAAAGAUAGAGAAUAACGUAUCAAAUGGUUUUUAAGGGACGAAGGUUGCGUUACUUGAAGGAAUGGGAGAAUGUAAAAUAUAGAUGUUCUGCGAGCCUCUUCAUCUGCUUUGUACACUAUGUACGCUGUGCCAAUGUAGUCGAGAUGUGAGUAGUAAGAUGGCGUCUCUUUGGCUUCAGCGGCUUGCACUCCGACGUGCGACGUAUGAGCUAUCCAGACUUAUUAGUACAGAUCAGUGGUGUGUGCAACCUAGCUAGAGUGUUGUGCUCAAAUAACUUGUUAGCAAACACGCUAGGAUGACAACUGAGCUAACUGGCACGUGAUAAGGUCAUGUGAUCACUCCACACCAGCAGGGGGCAGCAGAGGAGGAAAAACAAACCUUAAAGCGUACUAUGCAACUCGGUCCAUAUUGUUAGUUUUUUUUUCAACCAGAAAAAUAAGAACACCACAGGUUAGCGAUAGUUACGUUAGCAAUAGUGGCUUCGAAGAACAGACUGAAGAAAUAAAUCUCAAUAAUUGAUCAUGGCUGUCGCUCACGACUGUGGGUAUUGAUGUACAUGUCCGUAGCGCGUACGCACACAAAAACACUCAUGUUGCUAAGCUAUACAUUCAACCAUGGCUAACAUGAGUAGCUCAUCUUUGUCAAACUGCUAUCAUUAGCUAACAACAAACACAAGUAAUGUUACAUGGUUGUAGCUUAUGUACACAAAGCAGGAAGAGGUGGGAUCUAAUGCUGUUGGAACAUUGGCGCCCCCAGCUGGAGCAACGUGUGCAUGCGUUCCCUUUUACGAUGAGCUUUCUUCACAUUCCAGGUGAAAAGUCAAUGGUUGACAGGUUUCAUGUAGCAUAGUCACUAUGUUGUGAUUGACAGUUCCUCGUAGCCCCUCCCACUUGACGUCACCAAGCCAACGGACUGGUUCUUGUGUGGAAUGUGGUGAAGGCGUGACGUAUCAGCCAACAAGGAGCUUCUUGUUUCUGUGCGUGUGUUUACAUCACCACCAACCACUAAGGUGGCUCCGCCCACAUGCACACCUGUCCCAAUCACAAACAGCCAGCUAGUCAGGUUGCAAGACUAGUGUUGGCGAGCAGUUAGGAAUGGGGCGUGGCCUGGCACGGGCCUCACCUGUUUGGUCCUGUGCAGGUGUUACUCUGACUCUGCGCUGUGUGGCAGCAAACAAGAUGGCAGAGGCGUCGGAGCUGUUCAGCGACCAGGAGCUGACUUGCUCCAUCUGUUUGGACCUGUUCACUGAUCCCGUCUCCACCCCGUGCGGACACAACUUCUGCCAGGCGUGUAUCGGUGGUUACUGGGCAUCCAGCACGGUGUGCACGUGUCCGUUGUGCAAACAUCAGUAUGAUGAGCGGCCGCAGCUCAGCAUCAACAAACUCUUUGCCGUCAUCACGGAGAACUACAAAAUGGCUCGCUACGGCGCCACCGGUCCAUCUGCGCCAGCUGGAAACGAGAAGGUGGCUGUCGGGACCAACCCCUUCCUGACGGCGCCCAGCGAGGAGGUGGUGUGGUGCGACGUGUGUACGGGAAUCAAACAGCCGGCCGUCAGCUCCUGCCUAACGUGCACGGCCGCCUACUGCGAGGAGCACGUGCGGCCGCAUCGCACUACGCCCUUCUACGCCAAACACACCCUCAUGGACCCCCAGGACGCCCUCAGGGGCCGCACCUGCGCCAUACACCGCCGCCUACUGGAGGUGUACUGUCGGACAUGUCAGCGCUGUAUUUGUGCCAUCUGCGUGCUGGAGGAACAUCGAACACACAAGACGGUCUCUGUCCAAACGGAGAGGCUCAGCAAACAGAAACAUGUGGCAAGGACGGAGCAGGACAUCUUGAACCGGAUCAAGGAGAAAGAGAUUCUGGCAUCAGAUCUGAAGAGGAAGCUGGAGGGGGUGAAGAACUACGCUGACAGAGAGCGUGGCGAAGUUGAAGUCCUGCUGGACGAGGUCGCCGCAUCUCUGGACCGGAUCCGCUGUCAGGUGGUGGGGGGGAUCCAGCAGCAGCAAGAAGCGGUGAUGUCGAGGGGGGAGGGGUUGGUGAACCACCUGGAGGCAGAGCUCGAGCGACUGACUGACAGGAGGGCCUCGCUAGAGGCCCAGGCCAUCAGUCAGGACCACAUCGGCUUCCUGCAGAGCUUCGAGGAGGCGGCGACUCCGCUGGGUGACAAUCAGCCGUUCAACGUGGACGAUGACUUUGUCCUCCACUUCCACCUGGACGACGUGAAGGCCGCUCUAGCCGAGGUCAAGGACAAGAUGGACGACAUUAGGAUGGGAGGCGUCUACUCCAGAGGCUCCAUGGGAUCCUUCUCGUCUGGUGACAUGAUACCCGCAGAGAGCAUGCCCAGUCUGAGAGGAAGUGGCCCCAGUUUCAGGAGGAGCCAGUGGGCCCUGAGAGACAUGAAGAAGGUGAAAGGCGUCUCAGGACACAAGAAGGCUCGUGUCUACACAGAGGAUGUGACCUUGAACCCGGUGACGGCGUACCCCUUCCUAAUCCUGUCUGGUGACAGGAAGCAGGUAAAGCGUGGCGAGAAGUUGCAGUUCUACCGCAACAGUCAGCAUCGCUUCGACGUGUGGUCCUGCGUCGUCGCCAAGGAGGGCUUCGCCUCGGGGCGCCACUACUGGGAGGUGCUGGUCGGUGAGAACAAGGACUGGAAGGUGGGCGUGGUCAGCGAGUCUGCACAGAGGAAAGGGCUGUUCGACAUGAGCCCCUCCAACAGCUACUACGCCAUCUGGUGGAGUGGCAGCCAACUGCGAGCACUCACUGCGCCCCCGCUCACUAAGGUGAAGGCUCCGCCCAAGCUGCGUCAGGUAGGCGUGUUCCUGGACGUGGAGGCGGGCCAAGUGUCCUUCUUCAACGUCAAGUCAGGCUCGGAGCUCUUCACUUUCCACGCCUCCUCAGAGUUCACCGAGCAGAUGUUCCCUCUGCUGGGCACCGGAGACAAGGAGGUGCCCCUGGUCAUCAUGACGUAAGGGGUGGGGGGGUGGUGGCUUUCUUCUUUUGUGAGGAAUAAAUCAUUAAACUUUUCAUUUGAAUGGCAGCCUGCCUGUUACCAUGGCAACAUGUUCAAGUUCAUAUUUUAUUCAACAUAAAUCAUAUUGCAGUCAAUGUGUACAUAUACACAACAUUUAAACCCCGCCCUCCCCUUGCCAGCAACACCAUAGCCCCACCCACACGCUGUGAUUGGCAGCAAACUCCAAACUCAUUAAACCUCGCUCAGCUUAACCUGCUAACCCGCU